CAUUCUCUUCGUCCUAUCCUAUCCCUAUCCCUAUCCCUAUCCCUAUCGAAUAUCCUAUUCCCAUUCCCAUUCCAUCCCAUUUCAUCCCAUUUCACCCCAUCCCAUUCCCUCCUAUCCUAUCCCAUCCUGUCCGACCUGUCCUAUCCUAUCCUGUCUCGUUCCGCUUCGUUUCGUUUCGAUUCGUCUCGUCUCGUCUUGUCCUGUUCUGUCUGCUUCUUUCCUGUCCGGGUCCUCGUUCACACGCACGCACACACACACGCACCCACACACCCACGCACGCUUGCUCGCCUGCAGGCAAACCAAGUCUUCUUUCUUCGGUGCGACAAGCUGUGCCGUUCCUGCGUUACGAGCCCACUCUAUUUGAUGCGAGCUUCCCGGGGAUCACAUCACUCAUCAUCAUUCACCGAGUGUCCUUGACCGCUUCCGCCACCAGACACCUAUUAGACAUAUACCGCCCUGCGCCUUCGUCUACCCGCCUGCCUGCCUGCCCACUCACCCACCUACCCACCUACCCUACCUAGCUACCUAAGGUACCGACCUAGCUACUGUACCUACCUUACCUACCUGCCUGGCUUAACCUACCUGCCUGCUUGUCCACCUGAGCAUUCUACUCCUGCGCCUGGCAUCCGCUUGGCACAACCGCCAUCUACGCCUAAGGCACUUGCAGUGCACCCUUCUUCGCCAUGUCUUCCUCUCCCGGCUACAGCACUACCUCUCCGGUCUCCAAGGCGUUCCCCUACAAGCAGCUCGCAGUAUUGGGAAUAUGUCGGAUAUGCGAGCCCAUUGCCUUCAUGUCCAUCUUCCCAUACAUCUAUUACAUGAUCGAAUCGUUCGACGUUACCGACGAUCACACUCGAACCGCUCUCUACGCUGGUCUCGUUACAUCCGUCUUCGCCGCUGCAGAAUGCGUGGGCGCCGGUUUCUGGGGGAGUCUGAGUGAUCGGCUCGGACGCAAGCCCAUCCUGCUGACUGGACUGGCUGGCACCGGUAUCAGCAUGCUGAUGUUCGGCUUUGCGCGCAAUCUCCCACUCGCAUUGUUCGCUCGCGCUGUGGGCGGCGCUCUGAAUGGAAACAUUGGGGUGUUGCAGACGACGGUCAACGAGGUUGUGAAAGUGGAAGCCCACCAAGCCCGUGCAUAUGCCAUCAUGCCCACUGUGUGGUGUCUGGGUGCCAUGGUAGGAGCUGCCCUAGGAGGUUCCUUGGCCGAUCCGGUGAAGAAUUAUCCUGGUGCCUUCCAUGAAGGUUCCAUCUUCGCCGCGUUCCCGUAUCUCCUCACGAAUCUGGUGUGUACUGGAGUCGUGGUGUUCAGCAUGGUGGUUGGAGUGUUGUUUCUGCAAGAGACGCAUGAAGAUCACAAGCAUCGCAGAGAUUGUGGGAUCGAGAUCGGCAACUGGAUCAUUGCAAAGGUGCAGCGCAAGCCAGUUGCAUGGCUCUCGACCUGCAAGAACGACAUGUCCGAAGAGACGAUGGUGUUGGUCGAUGACCUGCCCCCGGAUUACAGCAGCGCCGCCUCGUCUCCCGAACUCGCCCCGACCAACCUGGCAGGGCUUCCGCCCCCAGCAUAUCGCUCUAUCGAUGGAUCGCCUCGCACUUCUCUCAACGACGACGACGAACUGAAUGCGCAACGAGAUGUCGAAGAGGCCCUUCGCGAGGAACAGCAAAAGACGAAAUUCGCCAUUUCCAACGCGUUCACGAAACAAGUAAUGUUGAAUAUUGCCGGAUAUGGCAUUCUGGCAUAUCACACCAUUUCCGCAGAGCAACUCCUUCCGGUCCUGCUCAGUAUGCCCAAAUCCGAUACCCCGCCUCAACUGCCAUUCAAGUUCACGGGAGGUUUCGAGCUCUCCACCAAGACAAUCGGAGGGAUUUUGUCCAUACAAGGCAUCAUACAGAUGCUUGCCACGAUCCUGGUCUUUCCCAUUGUCAAUCGCAAACUGGGCAGCCUCUGGACCUACCGCAGUGUGGUUUUCACCUAUCCUUUUCUCUACCUGCUGGUGCCGUACAUUUCGCUGGUUCCCGACUCGCUCAAGCUACCAUGCAUAUACAUGGCCCUGGUCUGGAAAGUGACCGCACAGGCAUUCGCUUUCCCAUCCAGCAGCAUCAUGCUGGCCAACGCAGCGCCAUCUGCAAAAGUCCUUGGAUCAUUGAACGGUGCCGCUGCAUCAGCUGCUAGCGCGUGUCGAGCCUUUGGUCCCACCGUGUCUGGUCUUCUCCAGUCGGCUGGGCUCUCGAUAGGCACACUCGUUCUGCCCUGGUGGGUCAACGUUCUUGUCGCCACCAUGGGUGUCACCAUCAGCCUGUUCAUGGUUGAGGAGAGACGACGUACCUUUGAGUCGGAGAAGGUGGUCCUCGCACCGCCGCCCACCGCGUCAGACAUUGCUGGGUCCGCGGAAUACGGAUCCGGUAUGGCUGUUGCCGAGGACGAGGACCUGUUUGGUGCACCCAAUUCGCCCCUCCUGGAUCGAUUCUCCCUCGAUGUUCGACGAAAUCUUCACGGCCGCUCCCACAGCAGCACAUAGGCGCGCCAGCUCGAUUGAUUCGCGCUCGCACACACACUCUCUCACACACACACACACACACACACACACUCACUCACUCACUCACAUGCUUGACGCAAAUCUACUAUUUUUGUUAAUAAACGACUCUUUUGGAGGAUUUUUGAGCGACUUGAUAUUACCUACAUUGAGCAUCAACACAGGGGCAUGGGUGCCACCGACUUGGAAAAAGGGUUGGAUUGGAAAUGGGUGUUACUUUUGGAUGGAGAAUUGGAACUCUUUUUCUUUCUUUUUCGGAGGAUUGUAUUUCGGUAUUGGGCUUUUUGGUGAACCUUUCACUCUCGGCAUGGGACCAGGCGCUCUAUGAUACCCUUUGUAAGUAAAUAGCUCCAGAGAGCGGGCUCUUUCUUUUUCUCUGGCAUGAUACGGCACGAAAACAGCAUUGGAGGAGGAGGAGGGAGGAAGCACAGGAAAGUGGUUAAGAAGGAGGAGGAACAGGGAGGUGGCAUUUUCAAAAUUCCGAGUGAAAUGCUCAUGAGCAUAAUUUAAUCAUGCAAUACCCACCCACACAGAUGUAUUCUACUCGUUCCUUU